AUGAUGGAGCAGAACUCUGCAGCGACAGACACUCCACGAGGAAAGAGGAAGAGAGCAGAGGAGGGAUACAGCCAGAGUGCCGAAGAGGGAACAAGCAAUGUUCCCAACACUGAAGCCCCGGCAGGGAAGAAAAGGAAGGGGGCAGUGAGCUGGCCCGAAACAUCGACUCAGGGACAGAAGAAGGCCUCCGAGUCAGAAGCUCCUCAUGGAAAGAGGAAGAGGUCUGAAGAGGAAUGCAGCCAGGGUGAGGGACCAAGCAAGGUUCCCAUCACUGAAGCUCCGGCAGUGAAGAAGAGAAAAGAAGCAGUGAACCAGCCCGAGACGUCAACUAAGAGCCAGAGCAACGCCACCGAGCCAGACACCUUUGAAUCCCGCUAUGUGGUUGGAGACAAACUGGGCGAAGGAAGCUUUGGUUCGGUCUUCGAAGGAAGACGCGUUUCCGAUGGCCUACAGGUGGCCAUCAAAUUUGUCUCAAAACGGGAAAGAGACCUGUAUCUGCAAAGCCCUGUUGAGUCCAAGGCCGUGCCAGUGGAAGUGGCUCUGAUGCAGAUAAUGAGCCAGCCGCCGGUCUGCAAGAACAUAAUACAGCUGAUCGAGUGGUUUGACGAGCCUAAGAGAUACAUCCUGAUCUUGGAGCGCCCUGACCCUUCCGUGGACUUAAGAAGUUUCCUGAAUAAUCAUGGAAACUGUGUGGAUGAAGAGACGGUCCGAGCCAUAAUGAUCCAAGUAGUGGAGGCAGCGAGCCAGUGCCGCAUGCGAGGUGUCCUGCAUCGUGACAUCAAAGAGACAAACUUGCUGAUCAACACGGACACCUCAGAGGUCAAGCUUAUUGACUUCGGCUGUGGUGACCUGAUCAAGAUCACGGAGUAUGACAAAUAUACAGGCACGGCUCAUUACUGCCCUCCUGAGUUUUUUGCGACGGGGAAGUAUCGCGCUGAUCCUGCAACAGUGUGGUCACUAGGUGUCCUGCUGUUCAGGAUGGUUGGUGGAUACCGAUACCGUCCCUUCGCUAACAAAGUAGAUACCGUGUUAGGGAUUUGCAAGGUGAAGGACGGCCUGUCUACAGAAUGCUGUAAUCUGAUUCGUUGGUGCUUGGAGCGGAUCCCAUCCUGGAGGCCUAGUUUGCAGCAGAUCAUGCAGCAUAAGUGGUUCCAGCGCACCAUCCAGGACUAG